GGAGCCGUUGAUCUAGCAACGUUGUCUGCUCAAGACCACGAUGGGCAGCGCGCUGAAAAGGUAGAGCGCGUCGCGUUGGUUUUCUACGUUUUCAGUCACGAUGCUGUCGAGGCAGUUCAUUAGUGAUGCGCGAAAGUAUUUGCCCAUUUAUCGAGUAGUCGCCAAUACCCAUGCCACUCCCAAGGCGUGUGUCAAACGAGCGGCCGCCCGCCAUUACGGCGGCGGUGGCGGCGGUCACAAGCCUGUCCCGUUCAAACCACCGACCAUGGACGAUCUGCCCACCUUCUCGGGACCUUGGCAAGAAAUGUACAACGCCACCCAGUCGAGAUUCAACCGACAGCUUUUGCUUGGUGUUGCCUUUUUCGCGGGCACAGCGCUCUACGUUUGGUACUUGGACAUCGUGGACUUCGUCGAGGCGCCUCCCAUGAAGAACCCCUCCGAGAAGACGGCCAAGGUGUCCAAGACACUCGGAGGGCGCUCAGUGCAGCCCGCUUCUCACACUAAGCUCCCGGAGGAAGUCCCUUACUUGUUGGUAGGUGCUGGAACGGCGUCGUUCGCUGCCUUCCGGGCAAUCAGAUCUGCCGACCCAACUGCCAAAGUCCUCGUCAUUGGAGACGAACCCUACAUGCCGUACAUGCGCCCGCCACUCUCCAAGGAGUUGUGGCUCGCCGACGACGCGGCGAAGCAGCUGAGCUUCAAGCAGUGGAACGGCAAGGAGCGGAGCAUCUUCUUCGAGCACGACGACUUCUACUGCCGACCCGAAGACCUCAUGGAGCGCGACACCGGUGGCAUCGCCGUCGUCAACAACUGUCGAGUUGUUCGCGUUGACUCGGAGUCGAGGAAGGCGUAUCUCGAAGACGGGAGGGAGAUCCGCUACGAGAAGUGUCUGAUCGCCACCGGCGGCCGACCCAAGACGCUAUCUGUUCUGGACCGGCCCGAAUUUGCGGACAAAGUCACGCUGUUCCGCACGGUGGCGGACUUCAAGGCACUGGAUGACCUGUCGCGGAAGGCCAAAUCCGUGGUCAUCGUCGGCGGUGGCUUCCUCGGCAGCGAGCUGGCGUGCGCGCUGGGCAGGCGAGCUCGCAAGACAAACCUCGUCGUCUACCAAGUUUUCCCGGAGAAGGGCAACAUGGGUCGCAUCCUGCCGGAGUACCUGUCUCGCUGGACGAUGCGCAAAGUGCGGGACGAAGGCGUCAAGGUCUUGGAGGGUAUCAGUGUCACCGACGCACAACCAGGACCCCGCGGCCAGGUUUCCCUAACGCUGAGCUCGGGAGAGACCAUAGUCACUGACCAUGUCAUUGUGGCCGUCGGUCUGAAGCCGGACACUGAGCUCGCCAAGGCUUCCGGACUGGAGGUGGACGACCGCCAUGGCGGCUUCAAGGCCAACGCAGAGCUGGAAGCCCGCUCCAAUCUGUGGAUCGCCGGGGAUGCGCUCUCCUUCUACGACCCCAAGUUGGGGCGACGUCGCGUCGAGCACCACGACCACGCCGUGGUGACUGGGCGCCUGGCCGGAGAGAACAUGACUGGAGCCCGUAAGCCGUACCGGCACCAGUCCAUGUUCUGGUCGGACAUUGGCCCCGACGUUGGCUAUGAGGCCAUUGGGAUCGUUGACUCUAACUUGCCAACGGUCGGGGUGUUCGCCAAGAUUACCCAGCAGGAGCUAUCAACCAAGGCGGCGGCCGAAGGGGCCGUUGCUGCAGCCGCAGCGGCUGCCACGACUACGCAGCAGCAGGCGGCGACCCAGAAGGACGAUGUGCCCCGGCCACCCGAACUGGGUGAUGACUUUAGCAAGGGAGUCGUGUUCUAUCUGCGCGAAGACGGCGUUGUGGUGGGCAUCGUCCUGUGGAACGUAUUCAACCGGAUGGCGGUGGCACGCAAGAUCAUCAACGAGCAUAAGGCGUUCACGGAUUUCAGCGAGCUCGCCAAGUUAUUCGACAUUCAUGGAGAAGACUGAGAGUUGCUCCUGAACCUGGCCUCGUGUGCAUCGAAACACAUCCUGGUGAUUGUGACAAGUUCUUUUAGGAGUGUCGGCACCAUAAAGUGGCACAAGAUGUUUGUUACGUUUAGACUGAUGUGGUCCGAAGCAGGGCAGCGCUGGACCAACCUGAAGCGAUACGACUUGUGGCCAUACUCUUUGGUUGUAGGGAUGUUUAGGAUCACACCUUGGAUUAUUUGUUGCUCCGACAGAUGUGUGGCUUCCGGUCGUUGUUAUUGUUAUGAUGAGUACAAGGUUUUGUUUUGUUUCAUAUUUGCUUUGUUGAGCCACACUCAGCAGACAGCCUCGAGGAAUUCUGUCAUUCCUGGCGAUGAUCAUUGCUGCGGACAUCAUUGGUAGAAUGCUGCUUCUAUGAACUGUAUUUGCCCCAAAUAUGCUUUUAUAUAUUUUUUUUCACAUCGAACUGCAGCACCCAGCACAUUUUGAAUUUCCUGGGUCUCCUGCAAUAAAUUGACAGCUCACGAUCCAUG